AGUGUCGGCCCAAGAGUGAAAGCCAACAUGGAAACCAAAUCUGGUAGCAGAGCCAGAGGGGAAAGCUCUUCACUCAAGAGGAAGCAUGAAUCAAGAAACAGUGCAUCUGAUGGUCUGUAUGCUGUAGUGAGAGACCCAUCAGUAUCAGCAGAGUCAUUCUUCUCAAAAACGGCGGCAAACAUUACCAGUGUUUAUGAGGAAUGACAUUUUGAUGUUACACUAUGUGUAGAAAUUAAUGACAUUAUGGCAUAGUCUGCAAAAUGGUGGUUAAUUUUAACGUAAUUUAUGACAUAAAAUUGAUGUUACAGUGUGUAACUGUUUCACUAGCAUUUUAUAAUGUCAUGGCACAUUCUGCAAGGGGUGGAAAACAUUUGUUCUUCCACUCCUUUAUGGUAAUUAUGUGUGUUGGAAUGUCAUCAAAGUUAAAAGUGGUAGCCAAUAUUACGAUAAUUAAUGGUCCAAAAUGAUGCCAUCAAGUCUGAUACCUUAAUUAACAUUAUCAACAUCAAAGUAUUGGACAUAUCCGGCCCAAUAGCUGAACAGUCAGCACGUUGGAUUGCCACACACAGGGGCCCGGGUUUGGUGACCGGCUGGGGAGGGAGAUUUUCUUCCCCCAGAGACUGGGUGUUGUGGUGUCCUCAUCAUCAUUUCAUGCCCACUGUCGAUGUGCUAGUCGCCCAAUGUGGCAUUGCACUCAAUAAGACUUGCAGUUGGCAGUCAAACUUCUCGACUGGGAACUCCCGGCCACUGAUGCCAUACGCUCAUUUCCAUUUGCAGUGUUGGAUAUAUUUUGAAUGCACCCAGUAGAUGGAAAUGGCUGAAUCUACCCCAUGCCUGUGGAUACCAGCCAUCUCCAUCUGCUGAAGCUGAUUCCCAAUCACCUCCUCAGUCCCGAUAUAAUU